AUGAGCCAGGUGUUAAACGCCUCGUCAAAUCAGGCAACAAGUGUGUUGAAGUUACAACGAUUGUCGUAUUUGACAGAUUGUGUAGUGCAAAUAGCAAGUGCUAGAAACUGCACCAAACUCACGAUUCGGGAAGACGAAGCCAGUAUGUUGGAGCUUCAAGUUGCACGGGACGCAAAACUAGAUGCCGAACAUCAGGCCUCAAUUAACUUACAGAAGGCAGACAAACUGGGUAUGAUGCUGCACAAAACGCACCACGAGCGUGAACGGUAUCGACGGAUUGUGGAGCAGCACCUGACUGGAUAUAUGUCACAACUGGAUCAGAUCGUGAGUGAAUUGGAGAAUGGAGAAAGUCAGAUGUGUAUAGACAGGUCUGACAUGUCCAGAUCCGACGGUUCUCCAGGCGUUGAACUCGGUCGAAGUGAAGAUUAUUCCGGUGACGACCAUGAAGCAAAACAGCCCAAGCUGUACGCCUUUGCUCGGUCGUUGGCCCAACGUGUGCAAAAUGUGAUCAACAAAACAAUGAAGGACUCGGCACAGCUGGCUGUCAAAUUGCGUCAAUUGUCCCGAGAAGACACUCGACAACGAGCGCUUCAGGCAGAAUUGAGGCGGAGUUUGAACCAGUCCCGGGAAACACAAAAGACGCUCCAGGCCCAAUUGGAUAGUUAUGUGGAAUCGUUAAACGAAGCCCGAUCGAUUGAAACUCAUUUGCGCCACGAGAUAAAAUGCCAACAAACUCGGUUGAAAGCGUUACUGAGUGAAAAGCACAAACUACUGGAUGCUUUGGAAGAGACCGAUCACCUGCGCCGGCUUACCGGACAGCAACUGGAACGGUUGAACCAAAAACUGAUCGACAACGGUUUACAGAAUCUACUCCAAAAUCGAACUGUUGUGGCUGAUCCGUCAAGUCCCACCGUUCUGUGUACACAUACGGUAUUCGUGCUGAAGAGUUUCGUUCAGGAUACAGUAAAAAACCUCACUGAAUUCGCGCUCAACCUAAUCAAUCACGCUCGUGCAUGUGUGGAACAACUACACGAUCAUCCCACCGCCGCUCAUUGUAUGUUGGUUCAUAUCACAGCCAUGCAGCCCGACAUAAGCCCUGCCAGUUUGGAAUUGGCUCGCAACAAAGCUGCUGCAUUGCUGGGUUUGACAUUAGAUGAACUCGAUCGGUUGUGUGAGGUGCGUUCGUACUCUCGGAAUACCAGUCGGCUUUGUUUGUGGGCAACUGGAACACAGAACGCCCAUGGGAGACAGUACGUCACGAGUCUAGAAUUUGCCUUGGAUAGUCUUGGUGAUUCGGUCAAACGAUGGGUGACAAUGGCUGAGCGAUCAUUAGAUGAAGGCGCUGGUCGCACAGAAGCAGCAAUGCAUAGCAAACCAAUCGAGGUGAUGCUUACUUUUUUCACCUCACCAUUGUCGAAGGUUUCCAACGGCUUUGAAUUCAACAUGGAAUAUCUACAAUUUUCACAUCUGGCUUUCUUCACAGUGCAUGCCGCGAUACACGGAGAUAGUAUGGUUCCCAUUAAUGUCCCGGUUCAAGAAUCCCGCAUAUUGAUAACCAAUUAG